UAUAAGUAUAUUAUUUGUAAAAAUAAUGGAAGGAGAAUCACAUCACUAUGACUUGAGAAGUAGAAGUAGAUCUAGGACUAGGUCUCGUACUCCGAUGAUUUUUAAUCAAAAUUUAGUUGAUUUUGAAUCUAAUGAACAUCAUUACGAUUUAAGAAGUCAAGGAAAUGGAGAAAGAUCCCAUACUCCUGUUGAAGUAUCAAGUAGUAGGCGUUCGGAAUCAAGAUCUUUACCCAGUAGUGUUAUAAAAAAAGAUCUAAGUUUGGAAAGAAUACUGGAAAAAAAAGACAACAUUCAAGAAGGAGAAGUAAUUGUAGAGUAUGAAAGUCUAAAUGAAAAUUCCGCUCUCUCGACCGUUAAAAAAGUCGAAAGACGAUCAGAACGACGACGAGUAAAAAGACAAAUGUUUGUUAAUGGACAAGGAGAAUUGGAAGAGAGUAAACUUAGUAAAAAGUUUAAUAAAAAUUUAUCUCAGAAAACAAUAACUACCAGUGAUUACUAUUCUUCUGAAGGAGGGGAAUUCGAUGACUCGUCUAGAAAUCCUAGAUCUGCGUAUGAAAUAUACAAGCAAGCCGGUGAUUGGUGGGAUGUCUUUCCAAAAACAGAUUAUACGUACUCUCAAACAUCACAAUGCCGAUAUGAAAUUGCACCAGGGAUUUUAGCAAUGCCCAAUAUGUCUCGAACCUCCAUACAUUUGAAAUGUGGCAGUGCCUGUAGUAGUCUGACGUUUAGUCAAUCGGAUUUAACUCAAAUGUCUCAGUGUAUUAGUAAAAGCUCUUCCGAUUACUUAGACAGAGAUACAACUGACACAAUUAAACAAAAUCGUUUAAAUGAAGAAAGUGCUUACUCGUUCUCACGUAAUUUAACACGAAAUUCGGACUCAAACGUCACUUACAGACAAACACAAGCAGAAAACUCGAGAAAUCGCAACUCAAUUUAUCACGAAAAUUCCCGAAAUCAAUUUGAUAGUUUUUCACAAAUUGAUUCUAGUACAGAAUUAAAUCAAGUUCUUCCUUCAGAAUCUAACAGCAUUCAAAAGCGGACGAUAACAUUAUGGUUCGAAAAAGUUAAGAAUAUAUUAACACUGUUAUUUGUUAACAUGUUUCAGUUCAUAGGCAUCAAAAUGUUACAGAGGAAUACUAAUGCUAGUCACAAUUAUCGGCGAUAUCAAGAGUCCACGUGGAGUAAAUUAUGGAAGAACAUGAAUAAAGUUUUUCAGUAUUUAUAUUUGUUGUUGAUAAGAGUUCUGUUUCUUGAUUCUUGGAUACUAAGAUCUGCCUCAACUAUUUCAGAAAGUUUUCACAGGCAUCGUUCAAAAUUUUUUUGGUUUAUUCUUCCAUUACUACUUUUUAUAGCUGGUUAUUGGUUUUAUCCUAGUGUAAAAAAUUACGAACUGCCUCUUUUUACUACUACUGCUUUUUCAAAAUAUCUCGCCAACAAAAGUAGUUUUACUGCUGCCAUAGAUCCAGUAAAAAAAGUAGAUUUUAACGUAAAUAAUGCUAUGGAAGAAAGAAUCAGCCAACAGAUAGAAAAGUUGAUAUAUAGAGUAGAAAAAUUGGAAGCUAAGCAAGUUGAUUCAGAAGGACAGCUAUUAAAUAACAGUCAAUUUAUAGCCAAGUUGAAAGUCGAUGAAAAAGAAGUUUGGAACAUUUAUGAAAAAAAAAUAUCUGAUCUAGAAGAAAAAAUAACAAACACUCAACACAUUGUCCAGCAGCAAAACAAAGAAAGUGAAAACACUUUUGAUGAAAUAAAAAAUAUUAAAGCAGAGUUUAAUAAUCUACGAAAUCUUUAUGCCGAUCUAAGGAUUUACUGUAACAACAAUGUAGCAAUAAAUGAUUAUGAAUUAGAAAAACGAAUCGCACAAACUCUGUCAUCUUUUUUUGACAGCGGAAUUCUUCGAGACGAAGUAAACAAAAUCAUCAGUAGUUCAGUAAUCGCGAGCCCUAAUGAUAAAAAACUAGAUCACAAAGAUUCAAUGGCAGUAAAUUGUGAAAACUCACCCGAUAAGUGUUCAUUUACAGAAGAGCACAUAAAGAAAAUAGUAACAGAAAUUUUGAAGACUUACGAUGCCGACAAAACAGGGAGAGUCGACUAUGCAUUAGAGUCCGCUGGCGGUCAAAUAAUUAGCAUUCGUUGCACCCAAAGUUACAACGUCAACACCAGAGCAUUCAAAGUUCUCGGCUUUACUUUAUUUUACGAGAGUAGUGACCCUCGGACUGUCAUCCAAGGCCACUCAUUACAGCCAGGAGUUUGCUGGGCAUUCCAAGAUUUUCCUGGGCAUCUUCUGAUUAAAUUACGGAGUCCAAUUAGAGUGACGGGUUUCACUGUCGAACAUGCGCCCAAGUCUAUUUUGCCCAACAACGAAAUAAAAAGUGCUCCGAAAAAAUUUAAUGUCUGGGGUUUGAAGGAAGAAAAUGAUUCCGAUCCGGUUCUUUUCGGCGAAUAUGAAUUUCUGGAUAACGACGAAAGUCUUCAAUAUUUUCCAGUGAAAAAUCAUGACGUUAUUGAGCCUCAUGAGUUCAUUGAAUUGCGGAUUCACAGCAAUCACGGACAGCUUGAAUACACUUGUCUCUACCGGUUUAGAGUUCACGGGAAAUUAAUUUAGAAGAGUUUGAAUGCUGUCUUAUUUUUUACAAAUGAGCAUCAAGUGAAUGUGCCUUGAAAAUAUUUAUAUAAUAAUGAUAUAUAUAAUUGUGUGUAAGUAUCAUUGUUUAAAUAAUAGUUGCGGUGUUUGAGCCGAGGACGUAACUAUUUAAAUUUUUUUAACAGUAAAUAAUAAUGAAAUUAAUUGUAAGUGCAGACCAAAAGUUUCGUAAUUAGUGCGAGUGUUUUUUUU